AAGUUAAAUAUUCUCCAAGUCCAACUAUACACGACAGAUUCUGAAUCACGAGGGAUAGAGAAAACUCAAAAAGCAAUAGAAAGUUUGAAAUCUCGGGCAGAUGUUGAAAAAAUGCUGUCUAAAGAGAAUAAUGAGUCAUCAUCUAAACCAAGUUAUACAGACACAUCUAGCUCUGAUGAAGAAUGGAAAAGACAAACAAAAGACAAAAAAAAAUUUGUAGUUGAAGAUUCCGAUGAAACACCUACACCAACUAAGCCGAAACGCAAUAUCAACAUGAAACAGAAGACACUGAAAAAACCUGUUACCCAGAAAAAGUCAAAAUCUCAAACAGUUUUAAAGAAAUCAAAACAAUACAAAAAUAUAAUUAAUGAACCAUACAUGUCUUCUGUCAAAAAUAACAUAUCAAAUACAUCGUUUACAUCAAGCCUACGAAAAUCUAAUAAGAAGACAGUUAAAAAUUCGAGUACUACUAUUGAAACAAUUCAAGAACAAGCUUCUGAGGACGUUAACGUUUUUUCUGACGCACUGAAUGUAGAAUUCUCGGAAAUGUCUACAGAUACAACUUCAUUAAAAAAAACUUUAACAUUUCUUUAUGUCGCCAUGAAAAAGUUGACAAUUGAAAUAAAUUUGAUGAAAAAUGACUUCCAAGCAUUGUGUAACGGUAUCGAGCGUUUAAUGCUUGUCAAAAAUAACCAAAUUUCAACUCCAGCCUUUGUUGAAAAAUACAAUUUUGUCAAAAUUCAAUUUACUGAAGAAUUUAAAACAUUUGAUUCGGAGUUACAAACAAAUAAUGAAUUCGCGAAGGAUUUCGUAAGUAUAUGCUUUGCUAUUGCGUUAUAGUUUUUAUUAAUUUGUAAAUAUAAUUAUUUUGCAGAAAGAUGUAUUAGAGCAGUUGAUAGGAUCAAAUAUGAAACAGUCUAUUAUCGCUGUAGUGAAAAAAUUCCUACAUCGUGAUUUUGCCAUGAAAUGGACGGCAAUAAAACUGUCAAAUUACGUACUGAAAAACACUCAUUUCUACAACUCUCUAUUCGAGCUUUGAACGAGCGAUGCGCUCCCGCCC